AUGGCGCUGGAUCUAGACGACGGCUACGUGGCUCCCGGCCUGGCCUCAGGCGGCGUCGAGACGUCGCUCCCCAUCUUCAACGUCGAACGAGUACAGCUGCAAUUCAACAUCGCAUCCGAUUUCGUGGCUGGCCAGGUCGCCAACAACGUGCUCAUUCUCGCACUGGCCACGGGGCGCAUCUUGCGGAUAGAUCUUGAGAGCCCUUCAGACAUUGAUGAUGUCGACCUGCCCAAAAAGACCAGCGAGGUCGGGCUCAUCCGCCGCAUGUUCCUCGACCCUUCCGCGUCCCAUUUGAUCAUCACCACCACCCUGGGAGAGAACUUCUACCUGCACAGCCAGUCGAAGCAGCCCAAGGCACUGUCCCGGCUCAAAGGCGUGUCCAUCGAGUCUGUUGCUUGGAACCCUUCACAACCGACGGCCUCUACACGAGAGAUCCUGGUGGGCGCGGUGGAUGGGAAUGUCUAUGAGAUAUACAUUGAGCCGGCGUCGGAAUUCUAUCGCCGCGAAGAACGAUAUUGCACGCAUGUUUGGAAGAUACCCGACGGCGCCGUCACGGGCCUUUGGGCGGAGACAAUCGACGGCAAGACAGACAUACGGAGGGUGAUCGUGGCGUCGCAUUCGAGACUUUGUCACUGGAUAGGCAAGACGGGCGGCCGCGGAAAGGAAGGCUCAGCUUCCAUCUACGCCGAGUUGUUUUCCAAGGAAGCACCUGUCGCGCAUGACACGACAGGCGCAUCAGCAACGGCGCCGUCAUGUUUUUCGGUGUCGCCCGAGGCACAAGAUGCUAGUCCGGACUCGUCUCGCAGUUUCGCCUGGUUAUAUUCCCAGGGUGUCCUGACGGGCCAGCUGUUGACCUCCCCCGCGUCCUCCAGUCUAGGCUCCAAGAUUUUCAGCGAGGCUAAACUCCACCCUCGCUCCGUGUUUCCAGAAACGAUAUCUGCCCGCGGAGGUCGAAAGUUGAUACAAGAUCCCAUUGUCUCUGCUAUUCUGUCUCAGUGGCAUGUCCUGGCCCUUGCCGAAGGUCGAAUUGUUGCCGUCAAUCGCCUUGAUGGCAGCGUAGUCUACGACCAGGCGGUCCUGGAACCUGGACAGUCCGCUCUUGACUUGGUGGCGGAUCAAAAGAAGAACACGUAUUGGCUUUUCACCAACCAAGAAAUCUUCGAGGUGGUGGCAAACGACGAGGAGCGGGACAUUUGGAAGAUCAUGCUGAAACAACAACAUUACGACGCUGCUCUUCGCUAUGCUAAAGGAGCGGCACAGAAGGACUCUGUCGCUACAGCUUCCGGAGACUACCUCUCGAGCAAAGGACAAUACUUGGAGGCGGCAAGCGUUUGGGGAAAGAGCAGCAAAGCAUUUGAGGAGGUGUGCCUGUCGUUGAUCGAUAAUGGGCAAGAAGAAGCGUUGAGGAGGUAUUUGUUGGCCAAGCUGGGCUCAUACAAGAAGUCCUCGACCAUGCAGCGAGUGAUGAUAGCAACAUGGCUCGUCCAGAUCUUCAUGGCCAAGUUGAACUCACUGGACGAUAUGGUUGCCACGAAAGCGGAAUUGCUGGAGCACACCGACGCCGGAGGUGCCCAGCGGGAUUUGGAGAAGGCUCGAAACGAGUUCCAAGAAUUUGUGACCAAAUACAAGGCGGAUCUCGAUGCGAAGACGGUCUAUGAAGUAAUCUCGAGCCACGACCGAGAACAGGAGCUCCUGUUCUUUGCCAACACCAUCACCGACUACGAUUAUGUGCUUUCGUACUGGGUACAGCGAGAGAAAUGGAACGAGGCGCUGUCGGUCCUUAACAAGCAGAGCAAUCCCGAGACGUUCUAUCGGUAUAGCAAUGUGCUCAUGACUCACGUGGCAGUUGGACUGGUGGAGAUUCUGGUGCGAAGAAGCAAUCUCGACCCACAAAAGCUCGUCCCGGCACUUCUCAGCUACAAUGAGAACGCCAACGUGCCCUUGAACCAGAAUCAAGCGGUGCGCUACCUGAACUUUGUUGUGACAAACAACUUCGAGGUGCCUGCUUCUGUUCACAAUGCGCUCAUCUCGAUCAUGGCUUCACAUCCGUCGCCGUCGGAAACUAUGCUGUUGGGAUACCUUGAGAGUCAGCCUUCACCUCCAUUCUACGACGCCGACUUCGCACUGAGGCUCUGUAUUCAGCAUAACCGAGUGCAGUCAUGUGUGCACAUUUACAGUACCAUGGGACAAUAUCAGCAAGCGGUGGAACUCGCACUGCAGCACGAUGAUAUCGACCUGGCAGCAAUUGUCGCCGACCGAUUAGAGGGUAAUGAUAAAGUUAGGAAGAGGUUAUGGCUGCUGAUCGCCGAGAAGAAGAUCAAAGAGGCCGCGUCCAUCAAAGAAGCGAUCGGUUUUUUGAAGAGAUGCGAGCUGCUCAAGAUCGAAGACCUUAUCCCUUUUUUCCCGGACUUCGUGGUGAUUGACGAUUUCAAAGAGGAGAUAUGCGAGGCACUCGAGGACUAUUCGCGGCACAUUGACAGCCUGAAGCAGGAAAUGGAUCUGUCGCAACACACGGCAGAGCAAAUCAAAGCGGAGAUUGCAGCAUUAGAUCACCGUUACGCCAUUGUGGAAGCUGGAGAGCGGUGCUGGAUCUGUACGCUCCCGGUCUUGAGCCGGCAGUUCUUCGUGUUCCCGUGUCAGCACGCCUUUCACAGCGACUGCCUGGGCAAGCGCGUGCUUGAGAGUUCAGGGAGCAGCAAGAGGAAGAGGAUCAAGGAUCUCCAGACAGAGGUCAACCAGGGGCUGAGUGUGGGUGUCCAGCGACAAAAGCUAGUUGCCGAGUUGGAUGGACUGGUUGCUGAGCAAUGCGUUCUGUGCGGGGAUUUGGGCAUCAAGCAGAUUGAUGAGCCCUUCAUCCAUGAGGGCGAUGAUGUGGAAGCAUGGGCUAUCUGA